AGAUAGGUUGAGAAAAAAAUCAGUAGAUUGGGAAUGUAAGAAAAGGGCUCUAGUGGUCUGUGAUUAGAUUAGUGCCUGGCAAUAGCGGUGUCGGCUGAGUUAUUCUGGACUGGGGGUGUUAGUUCAUAAAUUGAUAAACCGCUCCAAGAACUCCGGGUGUCUUGUGCUGGGAGAGUAGGGUCACGUGGUUUCAUGUUGGACCGGUGCCGUCUGCUCUGUGAUUCUGACUAUUGUCCACUUGACGACCUCCAUCCUUAGCCGAUGAUCUCGCGAUGACGUCAGCACCCAGUAACGUCCGUGUGUCAGACGGCGGGCUGUCAGCCCAGGACCUGAUCAAGAUGAAGGCGGCCAUCAAGUACGGCCUCCUCCGCAAGAAAAACUCCAAACUGACCAUCGGCAAGUGGCCGUACCGGUUCAUCGUUCUGGUCAAGGAAGCCGUCUACGUCUUCCACGACGAGAAUUCUAAGACGGCCUCCAACCGGUUUUCUUUGACCGGCUACAACAGAGUGAAACGAGAGGACUCCAAGUCACAUGACUGGUGCUUUGUUAUCGUCCCCGCGCAGAAAAAACAAUCCGUCAAGUCACAGUUUUUCGCGUGCGUCAGCGACCAAGAACGUAAAGACUGGAUGCGGGCAAUUAAAAACCAAAUCUACGCUUCCAACAACGUUCAGAUUCCAGAACUAGGAGGGCUGCUCUCUUCAUUAGGAAACGAGGAAGAAUACAACGAUCUCGAAUCUAUCGUCUUCCCACCGGAAGAUAAAAACAUUGACAAUGACACCGAUUCUGAUUUUUCGGACAGCUCGGAUGAAUUUGAAGAACCGGUCGCGCCGGUUUAUAAAACUAAAAGAUCUCAAUCCUUGCCGCAUGUCCCCUCAGACUUCGCCGCCAAACUUAAAGCGUUGUCUUCCGGUACCAGCACAUACGAGGAUAUCACCCCGCUGCCUGUCUGUAAGGAAGAAGACGAACUUAAAACCAAACCUAAAAGAAAAUUCACGCGAUCGCCAUCCGACCCUCAGCCAAAACCUCCCCCACGGUACAGCGAGGUUGUAAAUGUAAUCCCAGAACCGGAUUACGCCAAUUUAAAACAAAUACAAGAAACGUACCAAACCCUGGACGAGUGUAAACCAUCUCUAGAGGCCAUGUGUACGGUCGACGACCCCAACCCAGACCGCGAUCACCUGAUCUGUCUGUUGCAAGCCAAACAAGUUUACGGAACUUACCUGAUCCGGAAAUCGCGCCAGAGCGACGAUAAAGUCCUGUCCUAUUUAACUCGCAAUUUGCACGUGAAAGAAUACAAAAUCUACAGCUCCGGAAACGAAUACUCUCUCGAUAAACUCAAUUAUUUCGCCACGAUAGACGCUUUGCUUGACCAUUACACAAAAAAUGAACAUCUACCGAACAGUGAUAAUUUUCUUAAUAAGGGAUAUAACCAAGUUCAUUAAUGAUUAAAAUUUUUACGUAGUUUUCUCUUAUUUUCCUUUAUAUCCUUAUUUUAAAAAGCAAUUUGACUCGAAGUUUAAAUAUUGUGCUAAGAACUAAAGACAAAGUAGUCGAAAAUGUAUUCAACAUUUACCGAAUAAGGGAUACAACCCAGUUUAUUAAUGGUUUAAAUUUUAACAUAAUCGUUACAUCUAUUUCCCCUUAUUUUAUUUUAAUAGAACAAAAAUUAAAAGUUAAUUUGAAUUUGAAAUUUAAACAUUAUGUUUACAACAGCAAAAAAGCGUAAAAUAAUUAAUUUCAACUGUGUACACAUUAUUUUAUUUUUAAAAAAUUCCUACUAAUUAAUAGAAUAAGCAUCUGCAGAUAGUGUAUGUGUUCAACAGUUAUUGAGUUCACAUGCUGGUAGUUAGAUAAUUUUUAUAAGUGCGAUGUUUAGAAACAAAAUAAACCUGGAACAAAGCAAGCUGUCUGCAAAAGAUGAACAGAACAAAUGCUAUUUUCUACAAGCAGUUUGACGAAUGUUGCAAAAUUUAACAAAAUUAUAAUAUGUAAAAAUGUAGUUAGAAACACUCGUAUACACUCGUAUACACUAGUAUACACUCGUAUACACUCGUAUACACUAGUAUACACUCGUAUACAGCCCUCCACCAUCUGUAUUAGUACAGAUAAACCCUCCCCCCUCCCCCCUCCCCCCCACACACAUACACAUACAAUAAUUUUUCAACACUUUCUUACGUGUUACCUGUUUAGUUUCUAAUGCGCAAACUUUAGAUGUGUUAAUCAACCUGAAAUUUGUCAAGUAGAGUUGAGAAUUGUGAUAUAUUAUUUCGUCUUGAAAGUGUUUGAAUUUUAGUUUACUGUUUCAUGUACAAAUAAUAAAAUAUACAUUCAACCUGUUUAUCAGACUUUUGAUGUUGUUUGUAAGUCGUGAAAGGCUGAUUUCU